AUGUGCACCUAUGUGUCUACACACACAUGCGUGCACACACACAAUCAGAAUGGGGAAUGCAUUUGUGCAGGGUGCACAUAUUUUUUUAACAUUUCCCUGGUGAUUCUGAUACCCCUGAUAUGUCCUUCCACACCCACUGCCUUAGGAUGUUAUUAUGUACGAGCCUCCUGCAUCCAUGGUGUUGAGAGAUUCCUGCCUGGCAAACCCAUCAGACCUGCCCAGACAAAUCUGAACCCUGGCUGUGAGCCCAGCUUAAGCUUGAGCUUGGACAUCCCUCCACUCACCUUGCAUGCUGAGUUAAUAUUGAAGCCAGACAGCAAAGUAAGGUCACCAACAAGGAAACUCUAG